CUUGUCACUCAGGAAAGAGUCGGUGCAAAGCAGCUGAUAAAGGGUGGCGCCCUGCUCAAAGUGCCCGCGGCUCUCCUUGCAGCAGUUUGGGGGAGAAGCGCGCAGGGAACGUCCCCGAUGGCUCCUCAGUACGCACCGAGUCUGCGGUCCUGUCUGGCACCGUUGCUGCUUUUCCUGCAGACAGGCUUCGUGGUCAUAUUUGCCUUCUACGUUGAGAUCGGAGGCGAUAUAGAAGCAGACGGGACUACCUUCAGCAGCUUUUACCCAGAGUUCCAGGAUGUGAACGUGAUGGUGAUUCUAGGCUUUGGCUUCAUGUGCACUUUUCUAGUGCGGUAUAGUUACAGUGCCACUGGAUUCAACCUCCUCGUGGCUAUCAUGGCCAGCCAAUGGGCCAUCAUACUCAGAGGAAUGGAGUCCUGGUAUUACACAGGGAAGAUCAGGGCAGAUUUGAGAAGCCUGGUGGUUGCUGAGAUGUGCGCGGCCUCUGCACUCAUCUCAAUUGGAGCUGUGCUUGGGAAGACCAACCCUGUCCACCUGGUCCUCAUCGGCCUGCUGGAGGUGUCAGGGUUCAUCCUGAACGAGUGGCUCCUCCAGGUUCUGCUGAAGGCGCCGGCGGAUAACAGCAUCAUGCUGCUUCACGUCUUCGGGGCCUUCUUUGGGCUCACGCUGACCUGGAUCCUGUUUCGGAAAGGCUCCCUCCAGCCUUUUGAAAAGGAGAAGUUUGACCGCCAAACAGGAUUAUUCUCCAUGUUGGGCUCUCUGUUUCUCUGGAUGUUUUGGCCCAGUUUUAAUUCGGUCCUCGUGGACAAUCACUCACAGAGGAGGCUGUGGGCCGUGUGCAGCACCUACCUGGCCCUGGCUGUCAGCGCCGUGACAGCAGCCGCUAUGUCUGUGCUCUGCAGCCCCAAGGGAAAGCUCAACCUGAUCUGUAUGCAGUCUUGCAUCCUCGCGGGUGGCGUUGCUGUUGGGGUUUCCAUGUCAGCGGUUCGUCAGCCGUGGGAAGCCAUGACCAUCGGCUUCGCUGCCGCCAUCGUAUCCACCGCUGGAUGGCGGCAUCUCAAGACGCACAUGCUGCUUGCGUUCGAGUGCCACGACACCUGCGCUGUCCUGAGCACACACGGACUCCCCGGUCUGCUGGGAUGGCUGGCGCAUCUCCUGCUGCAGAUAAAGGCCUGCGAUGAUCACGCUACGGCCAUCACGUUUGCUGUGUUUCACAUUUGUACUCUCUUCAUCACCAUCACUGUGAGUCUGUCCAUGGGAGUCCUUACAGGAUUCCUACUCAAAUGGAACUUCUGGAGACCUCCUCAAGACAAGAAAUGUUUUGAUGACCAGGCUUUCUGGGAGUUUCCCCAUCUUGCCGUAAGAAAGUAAGAAAACGGAGCAAGAAGUGAACCAAGUAGAAUAUUGGAGGAACACAUAUCAAUGUACAUAUUUUAUACAGUUUCUUACUUUCUUAAAAAGUAGAUGUUAAAUAUUUGAUUGG